AUGCUUCCUGAUCGUUGCUCUCUAUUCCCACAACCAUUGCCCUAACCAGGACUGGCUACAUAGUUUGUGGGCCCAGUGCAAAUGAAAAAGCAGGGCCACUUGUUCAAAAUGGAUCUUAAGACGGUGUGGAGUGUUAAAACAACCCCAGCCCCAUGUAAGUGUAGGGCCCUGUGUGAUUACACAUACGGCACGAAGCUAGUCCUGGCCCCAGCUCAGGCCCUUCCUCACUCUUGUCUGAACGGGUACCUCUUUACUGGUCUCUCUCACUUUUUUUUUUUUAAGAUUUUAUUUAUUUGUCAGAGAGAGAGCAUAUAAGCAGGGGGAGCGGCAGGCAGAGGGAGAAGCAGGCUCCUCAAUGAGCAGGGAACCCGAUGCAGGGCCAACCUCAGGACCCUGGGAUCAUGACCUGAGCCCAAGACAGAUGCUUAACCGACUGAGCCACCCGGGUGUCCCCAGUCUCUCUCACUUUUAGCCUGCAUACUUUCACUCCUUACUCACAGCUACUAGAGUGCAAAUCUUCCCAUGGCCUUCCGGAUAAAACCCCAGCUCCUUAGCAUGAUACACAAGGACUUCCUCGAUUACUGCCCUGCUCACUGUUGCUCCCUACCUCCCAGUCUUUGUUCACCUCUACCUAAACCUCUGUGACACUAUGCUUCCUGUUGCCUUUGCCUAGAAUGUCUUUCUUCUUACCUCCUCCCAAAAAACUGUUCAUCACUCAAAACCCAGCUCAGAUAUCUCUCUGUGAACCCUUUCCUGACCUCUUCCUUAGCAAUCUCGCUCCUUUUCUCUAAGCCCCUGAUACGCUGUAGAGUAAGGGUCAGCAAAUUUUUCUUGAACGGCCAGAUGGUAACCAUUUUAGGUUGUGUUGGCCAAGAGGCAAAACUGAGGGAGGGAGGAAGUUGGGUAACUAGGGGAUUUCUUAUUCAGUCUAGUAUAAGACCAUGUCUUGAAGCCUGACUGUCCACCAGAAAGAAAAGCCUGCUCUUCAAGUGAGUUGGACUUCUUUCCACUGGAGUGAGAAUUGAAGACUGGGAGACCCAGUCUAGUAUAAGACCAUGUCUUGAAGCCUGACUGUCCACCAGAAAGAAAAGCCUGCUCUUCAAGUGAGUUGGACUUCUUUCCACUGGAGUGAGAAUUGAAGACUGGGAGACCCAGCCUCCAUGAUGCAGAACAACUCCGUCACCAACUUCUCCUGCUACCAUGAGUCUGUACUGGGCUAUCGUUAUGUUGCAGUUAGCUGGGGGGUGGUGGUAGCUGUGACAGGCACCGUGGGCAACGGGCUCACCCUGCUGACCUUGGCCAUCCAGCCCAAGCUCCGUACCCGCUUCAACCUGCUCAUCGCCAACCUCACAGUGGCCGAUCUGCUGUACUGCACCCUUCUCCAGCCCUUCUCUGUGGACACCUACCUCCACCUGCAGUGGCGCACUGGCGCCACCUUCUGCAGAGUCUUUGGGCUCCUCCUCUUUGCAUCCAAUGCUGUCUCCAUCCUCACCCUCUGCCUUAUUGCCCUGGCACGCUACCUCCUUAUUGCCCACCCUAUGCUCUUUCCCCAAGUUUUCAGUGCCAAGGGGAUACUGCUGGCAUUGGUGAGCACCUGGGUGGUGGGCGUGGGCAGCUUUGCCCCUCUCUGGCCUAUCUAUAACUUGGUGCCUGUAGUCUGCACCUGCAGUUUUGACCGCAGCCAAGGCCGGCCCUACACCACCAUCCUCAUGGGCAUCUACUUUGUGCUGGGGCUCGGCAGUGUUGGCAUCUUCUAUUGCCUCAUCCACCGCCAGGUGAAGCGAGUAGCACAGGCGCUGGAUCAGUACAAGCAGUCAGGUGUCCAGUCCAACCACGAGGCUGGGACAGAGGCUAUACCUGGUCAUUUCCAGGAGCUGGACAACAAGCUGGCAUCAGAAAGGCCCAGUGAGGGGAUUUCGUCAGAGCCAGUUAGUUCUGCCACCACCCAGACCAUGGAAUGGGACUCAUCAGAAGUGGGGAACCAGCGCAGCAGGGAGGUAGCUAAGCAGAUGGCAGAGCAAAGCCAUCCAGAAGCACCAGCCAAGACCAGGCCAACUACAAGAGCCCAAAGAACUCAGGAACCCCCAUCAGAGUUUGGGAAGGUGACUCGGAUGUGUUUUGCUGUGUUCCUCUGUUUUGCCCUGAGCUACAUCCCCUUCUUGCUGCUCAACAUCCUGGACGCCAACGCCACUGCGCCUCGUGUUGUCCACAUGCUCGCUGCCAAUCUCACCUGGCUCAAUGGUUGCAUCAACCCUGUGCUCUAUGCAGCCAUGAACCGUCAGUUCCGCCAAGCCUAUGGCUCCCUCCUAAAACGAAGGCCCCAGAGUUUCUGUAGGCUCCAUUAGAACUGUGUCCCCAGUCAUCAGAAUCCAAGACUGACUCUUCCAGAACUAAAAUGGCCAGCUGGUAGGGAGUAGGUGAAAGUAAGACCCGUGGGCAUUUUCACAGACAACUUUCCCCCCACCCUCAAACCAGGCUUCUCCCUCUUUUGAUCAAUGUUUCAGCUCUAGACUGCCCAAGGUGCAUUAUUAUUAAUAAAUGAAUUCUAUCCUU